CUGCAAUUAGGAAAAAGGGCGAGACUCGAGAGCUCUAUGGCUGCAGCAAUGGAAGAAGAGUACGAAGAGGAAGCACCGCAGCAGCUGUCAAAGCAUCGAGGCCGCCACAUAAAGAAGAGAGCUCUCAAGAACAAAGCAGUUGCCGUUUCUUUCAACGAGAAGGAUCUGAGGGAUUACGUGACUGGGUUUCACAAGAGGAAGAAGAAGCGAAGAAAGGAAGCCCAGAAGAAGCAAGAGGAGGCUGAACGCCGCAAGCGUAUUGAACAGCGCAAAAAGAGAAAGUUAGAAAAAGAGUUUGCCUUAUAUGGGGGAGCUCCACCCAGCACAGAGUCCGGACCUGAUGAAAGUGAUGAGAACAAUGAGGAGGAUGAAGGAAGUGAGCCAACUGCAUCAGUUUCUGGGACGACAAUGUACGAUGGUGGGAACAUGACUGUCACUGUGACAACAAGUGAGAUUUCUCGGGAGGAAGAAAACUUUACUAGUGAAAAGACGCAUAGGGCAAUGCACAGAUCAGUUGGAGAUGGAGUUGAUAGAAAGCACAACUUGCCUGUGAGUAAACGUAAACCAUUGAAGAAAGUUGCAAGACACAGAUCUAGGCCACCUAGUAAAAGAGACAGAAAUAAGGGGAAGGAAAAAAACAAGAAAAUGCAUUAAUCACCUUGAACAAAAUUUUUUGUAGCCAUGGAUACCAUGCCAUGUGUUCAUUUUUACUUCGAGUAGUGUAAUACGGGACUAACUGGCCACCACCGGCAGACAUCUUCUGCUUGGAUGUUUGCAAUGUUUUAUUGUAUUGACACUUAGCAAGUAUAACUCCUAUGUUGUCUUUA